CAGGCGCGUCACGUGACCGGCUCGGGAGGUCGCAGUGAGGGCAGCACGGCAGUGUCUUUCCGCCUUUUUUGUGUUAGCCGUAGGUGCUGUUUCGUGUAAUGAUCCAGUCCACUAAGGAGAAAGAGGAUUGAGGUUGACUUCAGCUGUAAACAGCUCGAGUUUGUAUUUUAAUUAUCGGGCGGUGUGUAAAGAGUGUUGAGGAGUCUGGUGAAGAGGCCCGGCCAUGCGUGAAUACAAGCUUGUGGUGCUCGGCUCAGGUGGUGUGGGCAAAUCAGCCCUGACGGUCCAGUUCGUCCAGGGAAUAUUUGUUGAGAAAUAUGACCCCACAAUAGAAGACUCCUACAGAAAGCAAGUGGAAGUGGACGGCCAGCAAUGCAUGCUCGAGAUACUGGACACAGCGGGAACAGAGCAGUUCACAGCCAUGAGGGAUCUAUACAUGAAGAACGGUCAGGGCUUCGCUCUCGUGUACUCCAUCACAGCACAAUCUACAUUCAACGACCUGCAGGACUUACGGGAGCAGAUCUUACGAGUAAAGGACACGGAGGACGUGCCGAUGAUUCUAGUGGGUAAUAAAUGUGAUCUGGAGGAUGAGAGGGUGGUGGGAAAGGAACAAGGUCAGAAUUUGGCCAGACAGUGGAGCAACUGUGCCUUUUUAGAAUCCUCAGCUAAAUCAAAGAUCAAUGUCCUUGACAUCUUCUAUGACUUGGUUAGACAGAUUAACAGGAAAACACCAGUGGAAAAGAAGAAAGCGAAAAAGAAAUCAAAUUGUGUUCUCCUGUAGAGCCCUGUCCCAGCAGCAGCUCUGAGCCAG